AUGGGGGAUUGGAACUUGUUGGGGAGUAUCUUAGAAGAGGUACAUAUUCAUUCAACCAUCGUGGGAAAAAUCUGGCUAACCAUCCUUUUUAUAUUCCGAAUGCUCGUUCUUGGUGUGGCAGCAGAGGAUGUUUGGGACGAUGAGCAGAGUGAGUUUGUGUGCAACACGGACCAGCCUGGGUGUAAGAAUGUGUGCUACGACGAUGCAUUCCCCAUUUCUCUUAUCCGAUACUGGGUGUUACAAAUCAUUUUCGUGUCCUCUCCCUCUCUGGUGUACAUGGGACAUGCACUGUACCGUUUGAGGGCCCUUGAAAAAGAGAGACACAAGAAAAAAGCUUUCCUGAAAGCGGAGCUAGAGGGCGCUGAGCCCGUUCAUGAAGACAGACAGAGGAUAGAGAGGGAGCUGAGGAAGCUGGAGGAACAGAAGAGAGUAAGGAAAGCUCCACUCAGGGGCUCCUUGCUGCGCACAUAUGUUUUCCAUAUCUUGACGAGGUCAGUGGUAGAGAUUGGCUUCAUAGUGGGACAAUAUGUGCUGUACGGAGUUGGCCUGGAUCCUUUGUACAAAUGUGAGAGAUUGCCUUGCCCGAACAGUGUGGAUUGCUUUGUGUCCAGACCAACUGAGAAGAACAUUUUCAUGAUCUUCAUGCUCGUCAUCGCUGGGGUUUCUUUGUUCUUGAAUCUCCUCGAGAUAUUCCACCUGGGAGUGAAAAAAGUCAAGCAAAGUCUGUAUGGAAAUAAAGGUACAGAUGACGAAAGCUUAUUAGUGUUCAGGUCCAAGAAAAACUCCAUGGUCCAGCAGGUGUGUGUCCUCACAAACUCAUCACCCCAAAAGAUGAUGCAACUCACUCAGACGGCCUACACAAUGGUCCCUAACAGCCACGUGGAUGCUAUCCCCUUGUACCUGCAUUCGGUAGCUCCUCACAACGAUAGUGGUGGCACCAACGACUCAGAGCAGUACCUCAGACAGACUGAGCUCCAGUCCCUGCGACAGCUGAGGACUGUGGAGCACCACUACACCCUGGACCAGAGGAACCACUCAUGCAGCAGUGAUGACUCCAACGGGCCUAAAGGCUCAGGCCAUCCCAGGCACGGUGGAGCACAGCCACGGCCUUCCCUUAUGGCCAGCCAUAUGGAGAUACCAGCAGCCCUGUGGAACCAGCUACGCAAACAGAGCCGGGUCAGCGCUCUGCAGGAUUACAGUGACAUGAGUGAUUCACCUGACAGUGGUCACUAUCCCACGGGGAGGAAGGCUAGUUUCAUGUCCCGAGGACUCUCUCAGACCAACCUGGACAGUCCUUCUGAUAGCCCGAACUCCGGGAGUGGGACGGACACAGAGGCCAAGCGUAUCGCCCAAGGAGAGAGCCCACCUAUGACCCCGCCUCCAGCCAGUGGACGAAGAAUGUCAAUGAGCAUGAUUCUGGAACUGUCUUCAAUCAUGAAAAAGUGAGAACUGGCUGAGGAACCAGAAGGAUCUGGGGACACUGAUUACGAAGCAACAUUCCCCUUCUAAUUGCCUAAUUGUAUUCAUAAUAACAUAUGUAUUGUGGAUGAGCAGUAAACGCGUUAGUAUAGUUACACUGAACAAAAAUAUAAAUGUAUCAUGCAAUUUUACUGAGUUACAGUUCACAU